AUGGAGCAAAAACUCGGCAUUGAAUCUAGCGGUGAAACCAGAGGAGAGAUCGUUUCCCGCUCUUCGCCUUUUGAUGACAUACCAGAGGACUGCGUCUCUUACAUAGUUUCUCUUACAAGUCCACGAGACGCGUGCGUUGUCGCUUCGGUUUCAAAAACAUUUAGAUUGACGGUCGAGUCAGAUAGCGUGUGGGAGAAGUUUCUUCCACCAGAGUAUUCAUCUCUUAUUCUUGGAUUGCAAGUUUUCUCGUCGAAGAAGGUGCUUUAUUUCGUUUUAUGCGACGAGCCUAUUCUAAUCGAAGAUGGACAAAAGUAUAUAUAUAUUUUUUUGGGGAGUUUCUGGUUAGAGAAAGCGAGUGGGAAGAAGUGUAUCAUGUUAUCAGCGAAGAAACUCGCGAUCACAUGGGGAAGUAGUCCUCAGUAUUGGCAAUGGAUCUCAAUUCCUGAAUCUAGGUUUGGAAAGGUACCAGAGCUUCUUGAUGUAUGUGCUUUCGAGAUCCGUGGAUGGAUGAAUACUCGAAUCCUAUCACCAAGAACUCGUUACUCGGCUUACGUUGUGUAUAAGACAAGAAAUGGAUGUCAUGGCUUCCGUGAUUUGCCCAUACAAGUUGGAAUUGGCUUGUUGGGACAAACAACUAAUAAAAGGUUCAUAUGCUUCGAUGAGUCUAGUGACAGAAUCAAAAAGCGGGAGCUCAUGAAAUCAAAAAUGAGAGAAGAUGGUUGGAUAGAGGCAGAGAUUGGAGAUUUCUUCAAUGAAAGAGGAUCAUCAUUGGGUUGUGAUGAAAUUGAGCUGAGUAUUGUUGAUAUUACGUCACCGUAUUGGAAGCGUGGAUUGAUCAUUCAAGGAAUCGAAUUCCGGCCAGCAAAAUAA